AUGGGCGCCAACGAGUCAAAGCCGUCUCCGGCACAUGUGUUCAAGGCCUCUGGGCCGAGUUCGGUGUCACAGGACCUGGUCGAUUCGCUGCAAUCAAACCAUGAGACUGAUGCUUCUCGAUCCCGCCUCGCGGAGGCUCAAAUCCAGGCUCGCGUCGCCGCCGAGCUCCAGAAGCACCUCUCACAACAAUCAGAUGCUCUGCGCAGCGCACACGAGGGCAUUGCGUCCGCCGAGGACAAGAAGGCCGACUCCAGCAAGUCCACACCGGCUGUGAACAAGCAAAUCGAAAACCUGCGCCAUCUCCUGGAGGAACGGAAGCAGGUACGCCCUCUACCCGACAGCGUGGACGGCGCACGGGGGGAGCUAGUGCGGUGCCUGACUGAGAACGACCGCCGACCACUGGACUGCUGGGCCGAGGUGGAAAAAUUCAAGACCGAGGUCAAGAAGCUGGAACAAGAGUGGGUGAACAAGGUGACGUCGUAA